AUGACAACUAUCGUUAUGAAGGCAGUGAAUAAAGAUCACAAUGACUAUCAGCUCCUGUCAGACAGCAGUAGAGGAUCUAAAGGCAACUACACAGUGAGUUCAGUGACUGUGAAGCACACAGGAGUUUAUAUGUGCAGAGCAAAGAGAGGAGAUCCAGUCUAUCACACAGAGUACAGUAUCAGAAAGCCACUGUGGAUUACUGUCUCUCUGAUCAUCAGACCCAACAGAUCUCAACACUUCUCAUCUGAAUCUCUCUUUCUGAGCUGUGAGGAUCACAUUUCACACAUGCGUGUCUCUGUCACGGGUGUCAUUAGUGUCAUCUCCUUCAUCUGCGUCCCUCACCUGCAGUUCAUUUUCAUGGCCAAUCGGUCCAUCAUUCAGUAUGUUAGCGUGAUUCUGGACAGUCCUGUUCAUCCGGUGACUGAAGGAGAUACUCUUGCUCUUGGCUGUUUAUAUCGACCUAACAACCAAACUGAAUUUUAUAAAGAUGGAUCAGUGGUGCAGCAUCAGACGACAGGAGACAUGAUGAUCAUCCCUACAGUCUCAAAGUCACAUGAGGGUUUCUACUACUGUAAACACCCAGAGAGAGGAGAGUCUCCAAAGAGCUGGAUCUCAGUCAGAGAAGCUCAUUUGAAGAUGUCUGGACUCAAGAUUUUCACUUUUCUGCUGGCAGUUUGUCCAUAUCUGAUAGCAACAGCCAUGCUGGUUUUCAAAUGCUACAGAAUAAGAGAAAGACCAACACCUCAAGUGUCUGUUUGGCCUGCUGAUCAUGUAUUCAGGGGAGAAACUGUCACUCUCAGAUGUGUCAUCAAUGGAGGAGGAGUCAGCAGCUGGCAGUACAGCUGGUAUAAAGAUGAUUCAGACAUCCAGCAAAAUAAACUCCAGUAUUACACAAUCAGAUCUGUUACUGAGUCUGACGCAGGUAAAUACACAUGUAAAGGAACAGAGAUCAGUGGAUCACGAAACUCACACAUCAGUAAUGCAGUUACACUGACAGUAUCAGCUUUAUCCAGAGCUACAGUGAUUGCACGUCCAGACAGAUCUGUGUUCACUGGAGAGACAGUCAUUCUGAAGUGUGAGAUAGAGGAUCAGUACAGUACCUGGAGAUAUCUGUGGUAUAAACGUGGAAUUGCACUGUUUUCUACUCACCAUUACACUGUAAACAGAGACUCUCUCACUAUCAAUGGAGUUACUGAUCAGACUGAGUUCACGUGUAGAGGGGAGAGAGAUGGACGACCACAAUAUUCUCAAUUAAGCUCUGCUGUUUCUGUCUCUAUGAAUGCUUUACCUGGAGCUACAGUGAGAGUAACACCAGCAAGAUCUGUCUUCAAUGGAGAGACAGUCACUCUAAAGUGUGAGAUAAAGGAUCACAAUAACUGGACAUAUCAGUGGUAUAAAGACAAAACUAAAGGGUUUAACACUGCCCAUUACAUUGUAAACAGAGACUCUCUUACUAUCAAUGGUGUUACUGAAUCUGAUCAGGAUAAGUUCAGCUCUGGUGCAGUGAUAGAUGGACGACCACGGACUUCACAUUCAAGCUCUGCUGUUUAUCUCACUGUGAAUGCUUUACCCAAAGCUACAGUGAGAGUAACACCAGACAGAUCUGUGUUCAUUGGAGAGACAGUCACUCUGAAGUGUGAGAUAGAUGAUCAGUACAGAUCAUUAAACUGGACAUAUCUGUGGUAUAAAGACACAAAUGGGACUUCAGUGUUUGAGGGAAACAUCUACACCAUCAGCUCAUCAUCAGAUCAGGAUGAGUUCUGGUGUAGAGGAGAGAGAGAUGGACGACCCUCAUCUUCACAGUACAGUGAUCAUUUGAAUCUCUCUGUUAAAGGUGUUUUUCAGGAGGCGAUGUCUGGUCUCAAGAUUUUCACUUAUGUGCUGGCAGUUUGUCCAUAUCUGUUAGCAACAGUCGUGCUGGUUUUCAAAUGCUGUAGAUUGAGAGUUCCUCGCUCAUCUGUUGAAGAUCAGUUGCAGUAUGCAGUAAGAGAAGAUGAAACAUCAAUCUGAUAUGAAUGUGUUGUGAGUGCAGUGAAGCAUCAGUCUGUGAUCUCUCAAUAACACGUUCACAAACUCAAUAACUGCAGUCAAUAACAAUGAGUGACAAUCACAAAUGAAUUCUGGAGUGAAUCCCAUUAAUAUUGAUAUGUGUGUGAAUGUGAUACAGGAGUCACUCACAGUUUUUAGCAUUUUUAGUACAUAUUUUGUAAUUCUUUUCAUACUUUCUAUAACAGGCACGUGCAGAGGGGGGGGGGGCGGCGGGUGCCCAAGCUCCUGCCCCUUUACCCCUGGAUGACCAAAGUGCCCUUUUUGUCAAGGCAUUUUUUUGUAAUUAAAUGCCCUUUUGUGAAGGCCUGCCCAAUCUAACUAUUAGUAAAAUUAAUAAAAAAUAAUUUAUUCGCAAAUAAAAUUAGUCACAUGAUGACGUAUUGACCUUUUAUUGGACAAUCUCUUUAGGGAAAGCUCACAGCGCUAGCAGCGCCGCCCACACGUGCACGACACAGUGCGCAGUACAGGGAGGAUCCCCCUCGAGCCGGCAUUGAACCGAAGCGGUAUGCUUGUUAUAUCAUUAUUAUUUUACAAGAACAACGUGAGGAGAGCAUGCACAGCUUUUGUUUAUUGCUGUCUGUGUGUAUUAACAUCUCUACAACGUUAGAUGCAAACAGGGCUCUCAAGUCUCACGCAUUUCAGCCUUCACACGCCACACCUUGUAUUUCUCACGCUGAAAAUAAAACAUUCUUCCCAUAUAAAAACAAUGGAUGAGGCAAAGGCAGGGACGUUCUCUGCCGGAAGUUCAUACAGGUAGCUGUCUCGAAUUUUUAGGUGUGCUCAACUUCACGCAGCAAUGCAAGAACCGAAACGCACAUGACAUCAAAGUACCGCGAGAAAUAUUCGGGAAAUCAUACGGAGGAGUUUGAUUUCAAAUCGCUCUCGCGCUGUUCUAAUGUCAUCCACUUGUCACGCGGAGUUUGUUGGAAGAGCAAGAUCCGAUGAAUACGGUAAAAAAAAACUCUUAAUUUUUGUAUCACAUUGAAUUUACGAUUCCUGGACUCGCCUUUGAUAAAAGACAAUGUGAGCUGAUGUUGGGUAAUAUAGCCAUACUCGUGCUAAGUUAUUAACUCAGUCAAAAACUCUCCAGCUUUGCAACCAGUUUUAGUUUACCUGAAAAUAAAGAAAGUACUAGAGGCUUCAUGAAAUGAAUGAAAGGAGAGAUGAAUGUCAUUAUUUUAUUGCCCUGUCAUCAAGGCAUCAAAGUGUGCAAAAACACAACACAAACACGAUUCAAAACUAAAAUAUGUAGGCUACUCUCUUUGUAUACAAAUUUCGAACAGGAUUAGAAUAGAAUAGAAUUAUAUUUUUAAUAUGACAACAAAAACACAAGCCUGUAAACGUAAUAAUAUCUUAAUGUCACAAUGCAAUAUAUAAUAUCAUAUAAUUUCAAAACUGCAUAUACUGUGUUGACACACACAAACACUAAAUGAAAUGCACUGUAAGUCGUUUUGGAUAAAAGCUGCUGCCAAAUGCAUAAAUAUAUAGAUAUAAAACUCAGUCUAUAUAGAUUUUUCUGUCUCACUCUAUUUGCAAGGAAAAUAAAGAAAAACGUUAGACUUAUCAUCUUUCUAUUCUGUAUUACUUUAUUAUUUGUUUCAGUUGUGUGCUUGCGUGUCGGCGAGCAAAGUGCCCUUUUUAUUCUUUGAGCACCUGCCCCUCCAAUGGU